CGAUUGUGUUUUCUCGAGGGAGCUUCGUAAAAUAUCAAUAAGUGGUAGCGUCUCGCCAGGAACACAACGGUGUGUGAUUCGUAAACGUUUCUUUUUUUCGAAAGGAUUUAUAGAUGUGAAUUCGUUGCUUGCAAAAAAAUAAAAUGUUGCACAAAUCGGCCGCGCUUCGCGCCACUCUACUUAAAAAACAUGUAGCAUUUUAUUCUUCAAAGCCUCGUCGCGUAAUAGCCAUCCGCAGAGAAGACCAGUCAGUAUGGGAACGACGGGCGCCAUUCUCUCCCUUGAACGUGAGUCGACUCGUCAGGCAGGGAGUCAAGGUCAUAGUGCAACCUUCCAAUCGACGAGCAUAUCCUAUGCAGACAUACAUAAGCGCAGGCGCUAUUGUCCAGGAGGACAUAAGCGAGGCCAGCGUAAUAUUCGGAGUGAAGCAAACACCGAUCGACCUGCUCAUUCCCAACAAGACGUAUUGCUUCUUCUCACACACUAUCAAAGCCCAGGAGGGUAAUAUGCCCAUGCUAGACGCUAUACUGGCUAAGAACAUUCGUCUAAUAGACUAUGAGAAGUUGAUGGAUGAUGCUGGUAACCGAGUGGUGGCUUUCGGAAAGUACGCGGGUGUGGCAGGCAUGAUCAACAUUCUACACGGAUUAGGACUGCGACUUCUAGCUCUUGGACAUCACACACCCUUCAUGCAUAUUGGUCCAGCGCACAACUACCGCAGUUCAAGUAUGGCGAGGCAGGCGAUCCGGGACGCUGGCUAUGAAGUCGCUCUCGGGAUGAUGCCCAAAUCUCUCGGACCUCUAACCUUCGUCUUCACCGGCUCAGGAAAUGUAUCGCAGGGAAGUCAAGAAAUCUUCCAAGAACUACCCCAUGAAUACGUUCCGCCUGAAAUGUUGAGGAAAGUUGCUGAGCAUGGAAGUCCAAAUAAAAUAUACGGGUGUGAAGUUAGACGACGUCAUCACCUAGAAAGGAAAAAUGGUGGCGGAUACGAUCCCCAGGAAUACGAAGAACAUCCUGAAAGAUAUAUUUCCACUUUUGCUCAGAAGAUAGCGCCGUAUACGUCAGUGCUCGUCAACUGUAUCUACUGGGCGGUAGACAGUCCUAAACUACUGACCAUCCCUGAUGCUAAACACCUGCUACUGCCUUCGAAUACUCCAUGGCUUCCUAAGAGCAUUGGAGCGCCAGCAUUACCCCAUCGGAUGCUGGCAAUCUGCGACAUCUCAGCUGAUCCCGGCGGUUCCAUCGAGUUCAUGAAUGAGUGCACCACCAUCGACACCCCCUUCUGCCUGUAUGAUGCCGACCGUAAUAAAGAUACUAAGAGUUUCAAAGGCCCUGGAGUGUUAGUGUGCUCAAUAGAUAACAUGCCAACACAACUUCCGAGAGAAUCCACGGACUUCUUCGGAGACCUGCUGUAUCCUUAUGCUGAAGACAUUAUGUCAUCUGAUGCUUCGAGACCCCUGGAAGAGCAUAACUUCAGUCCAGUAGUACAAGGGGCUAUUAUAGCCAGCAACGGAAAAUUGACACCAGCCUUCGAAUACAUUAAUGAUCUGAGAAUGUCUAACACUCGGUCACGACAUAAGGUAGAGGGUUUGGACCAAGAAACUCAGGUUGUAAUCCUGGGCAGUGGACUAGUCUCAGCACCGGUCGUGGAAUACCUGGCCAAGGAUAAAAACGUUUCAGUCACCGUUGCGUCACAAAUCAAAGAAGACGCCGAUAUCCUAGCGGAACGUUACGGAGUGACCUCAGAAUAUCUUGAAGCUAACAAUGAGGGAGCUUUGAGCAAACUAGCAUCAAAAGCUAGAGUGGUAAUAUCUUUGUUACCAUAUGAUUUGCACGGGGCAGUUGCCAGGGCGUGUGUCAACGCUGGCGUCCACAUGGUCACAGCUUCUUACGUCACUCCUGAAGUUGCCGAUUUACAUAAAGCGGCUAAAGACGCUGGUUUGACACUAUUGAAUGAAGUGGGCUUAGACCCUGGGAUUGAUCAUCUUCUGGCUCUGGAAUGCAUUCACGAUAUUCAGAAUCACGGUGGCAGAGUUGAUUCCUUCGUAUCUUAUUGUGGAGGUCUCCCUGCUCCAGAAUUCAGUGACAAUGCUCUUAGAUACAAAUUCUCGUGGAGUCCUCGUGGGGUUCUACUUAACACCAUUUCAAGUGCCAAAUAUCUUAGCAAAGGACAGAUAGUAGAAGUACUAAGCGGCGGCGAACUGAUGUCAGUAGCAAGAGAACUAGAUUUUCUUCCCGGUUUUGCCUUCGAAGGUUUCCCGAAUAGAGAUAGCACGAAGUAUGCAGAACUUUACGGAAUCCAAGAUGCUCAUACCAUGUUUAGAGGCACUCUUAGGUACAGAGGAUUCGCCGAAACUAUGAAGUCACUGCAACUCUUUGGACUAGUUGACCCUAACCCUCAUCCGUCGCUGCACCCUGAGGGUCCUGAAAUCACAUGGCGUCAGUUCGCCUGUGAGCUUCUGGGGUUGACAGAUAGUUCGAUAUUCUACGAGAACCUAAAGACCAGAUUGUCUGAGCGUAUUGGAAUCACGGGCAUGCAAGCUGUGGAGUCACUUGGCUUCCUUGGUGAGGACCGUAUUGUCAAGUGCGGUACGCCACUCGACACUAUCAGUCAUUAUCUCAGCAAGAAAUUGCAACUCGAAAAAGACGAAACGGACUUCGUAGUCCUUCGACACGAGGUUGGAGUAACCUGGAGAGAUGGAAAGAGGGAACGAAGAGAUGUGACAAUGACGGUGCGAGGUGACCCUGCUUCUCAUACUGCUAUGGCCAGAACUGUCGGCCUACCCACUGCUAUUGCUGCCAAAAUGGUGCUCGAUGGUGAAAUCCAAGAACGAGGUGUCGUAAGACCCUUCUCACCUGUAGUGUACAGGUCACUACUUUCAAGGCUACGAGCAGACGGGAUCGUCGCUAGAGAAACCACCAAGCCAUUAAAUUGAAUAAGAAGAAGAAGAUUGAAUUAUAGAUAGUCAAAACAUCGAAGAAUUGUCGUCUGCAUGUGCUCAACGUGUUUAAGUAUUUCGUGUUCUUGUGUAAAUAUUGUAUGUAAGCAAGCUCAUUUGUGUGUUACGCUAAGACCUAAUGUUAAGUAUAAUUAUUAA